GCAGAGUCUCACAGCAACUUUGUUAGUGCAACUUUACAGCUGAGAGAGAGGCAAGAUGUUACUUCUAAGAACUACACCACUGCUGCUUUUGGCUCUGAUGGCUUCACAGUCUCUUUGCGAAACUGUCCAAUACUUCAUAGAUGAAGAAGAACCCCCUGGCACUGUUAUUGGAGUUUUAUCACACCAUUCUAUGUUUAACACCACGGAUAGUCCUGCCAACAACUUCCGUCUGAUGAAGCAGUUCAACAGUUCCCUUAUUCAUAUUCGUGAUAGUGAUGGGCAGCUAAGCAUCGGCGAAAGGAUUGACCGAGAGCAGAUCUGCAGGCAGUCUCUUCAUUGUAACCUGGCUUUGGAUGUGGUCAGUUUUUCCAAAGGACAAUUCAAACUGCUCAAUGUGAAAGUGGAGGUAAGAGACAUAAAUGACCACAGCCCUCACUUUCCCAGUGAUGUAAUUUAUGUGGAGGUGUCUGAGAGCACCUCUGUUGGCACCAGGAUACCUGUUGAAAUUGCCGUAGAUGACGAUGUUGGGUCCAAUGCUAUCCAGAACUUUAAGAUCACAAACAACAGUCACUUCAGUAUUGAGGUGCAGACCAAGGCAGAUGGAGUCAAAUAUGCAGAUCUAGUCUUAAUCAAAGAGCUCGACAGGGAAAGCCAACCAACUUAUACAAUGGAUAUAAUGGCUGUGGAUGGGGGAGAACCUGCUCUGUCUGGCACUGCAGUAGUUAAUGUGAGAGUCCUGGACUUCAAUGAUAACAGCCCUGUAUUUGAGAGAAGCACUGUCACUGUGGACCUUCUAGAGGAUGCUCCAGUGGGCUACCUUUUACUGGACUUAAACGCUGCUGAUGCCGAUGAAGGUGCGAAUGGAGAGGUUGUUUAUAGCUUCAGCCCUCUGGUAUCUCAAGAGGUACGUCGCCUAUUUAAAAUCAACUCCAGAACUGGUGGUGUUACCUUGGAAGACCAGGUUGAUUUUGAGACCAAGCAGACUUAUGAGUUUGAGGUCCAAGCCCAUGAUUUGGGCUCAAACCCACUUAGUGCUAACUGCAAAGUAAUUGUGCAUAUAAUAGAUGUAAAUGAUAAUGCUCCAGUCAUCACCAUUACCCCACUCACUUCCACAAGUGAAGAAUUUGCCUACAUUGCAGAGUCAGCUGCCAAGGAGACUAUUGUAGCUCUGAUCAGUACUACAGACAGAGACUCUGGUCCAAAUGGACAAGUUCAUUGCACUCUCUAUGGGCAUGAGCACUUUUUGUUGAAACAAGUAUAUGAGGGUAGUUUUAUGGUAGUUACCACUACUACUCUAGACAGGGAAAAGAUAGCAGAGUACACCCUGACAAUAGUGGCUGAAGACCUAGGCUUCCCUACACUAAGCACCAAAAAAUACUACACAGUCAAGGUGAUUGAUGAAAAUGACAAUGCUCCUUUAUUUUCUAAGCCGGAGUAUGAAGUGUCUAUUCUUGAAAAUAAUUCUCCAGGUUCUUAUAUUGCCACAGUGGUAGCCAGGGACUCAGACACUGACCAUAACGGCAAAGUAACGUACAAGCUGUUGGAAGCAAAAGUAAUGGGCCAAUCACUAUCUACAUUUGUUGCUAUUGAUGCAGAUUCUGGGGUGCUGCGGGCUGUAAGGUCCCUGGAUUCUGAAAGAAUAAAACAAAUAGAUUUUGAGAUAGGGGCAACCGAUAAUGGAGUUCCUAGACUCUCAACUCGUGCUCAAAUCAAACUCAAAAUAGUUGAUCAGAACGAUAAUGCUCCUGUUAUAAUAUAUCCACUGCUGAAUAAUGGGUCAGCAGAGGUCCUACUGCCAGUCAGUGCCCCUCAACAUUAUUUAGUUUUUCAAGUUAAAGCUAUGGAUGCAGAUGAAGGGCAGAAUGCACAACUCACCUAUGUCCUAAUGAGGGAUCCCCAAAGACUAUUUGCUAUUAACAGAGAAAAUGGAGAAGUAUCCUUAAGAAAGCAACUAAACCCUGACCAGACCAAGGACCUGAGCAUUGUAGUUGCAGUGUAUGAUUCGGGAAGACCUUCUUUGUCCAGCAAUGCUACAGUAAGGUUUAUCCUUACAGACUCUAUGCCUUCCAGCGUUGAAGUGGUCAUUUUGCAACCAUCAUCUGAAGAGCAGCACCAGAUAGAUCUGUCCAUUAUCUUUAUUGCAGUUUUGGCUGGAGGUUGUGCAUUGUUGCUUGUGGCCAUCCUGUGUGUUGCAUGUACUUGUAAAAGAAAAAGCAAUGGAUUUAAGCAGGUACCUGAGAAGCAAGGGGGAUACAGUAGUGACCAUCUACUAAAUAACUCCCCUCCUGAAAUUGGAUCAUCGAACUCCUCUGUGUCUCAGUCCAAAUCGUGCCAAAUCUCAGUCAGUGCUGAAUCUGGAGACUGCAGUAUGUCCUCUAACACAGAACAGCGUGGAGACCAGCAAACAGACACAAAGCGCCCAGAGUCUGUCCCGACUUAUGAGACAUCUGGUUGUCAGCGGGACAGUUGUGCCGGAAGUGUAAGUGGAAAUUCUCAUGUGGAACAGUACAGCACAAAGGACAGUGGCAAAGGAGACAGUGACUUCAAUGACAGUGACUCAGAUACCAGCGGAGAAGGGCAGAAAAAGAGCUGUGAGCAGCCAAUACAGACUCAAGCUGGUGUGCUCUACACAAAGGAAGUGAUGUCAUACCGGCAUGUAGAUAACCAAUUUGGCCACAGAAGCAUCAGUGGUAAUCAAUGUGGAAACCUUACAUUGCAAAAGGGUUACACAGUGUCUUACUCAUUAGCUCCUACUAAUUACAACACCUAUCAUGCAAGACAACCGAACCUGUUGCCUCUCCCUCACAACAACCCAUAUUACCAUAUCAGCCAACCUCACAGAAUGCGGGCAGAGUAUGAAAGAGAAAUAGCGGCCAGAAGUGGAACAUUAUCUCCUCAAAGAUUGUCUAGAAUAAGGCACCAAGAACUCUAUCACAAUCCACAGGUUUCUCUACAGCACUACAGCCCUACAGAAAUAGCUACAGCCUUCUAAGAGGCUAAGGAAAUGUAGCAUCGUCUCAGUAUUUUAAUAUGGAAUCUUACAAUGUAUCAACUGCCCAUAAUUAUGACUGAUACCUGGGAAUCAAAUAUAGAGCUUGUUAAUAACUGGCUUCCUAUGACCAGUUUUUUUUUACGCCACGUUUUGUCUGUAUGAACCUAAAAGAAUUCAAAGCCCCUUUCAUCCAAUGUGGCUGUUUAAAUAGGGAUUAUAGAUGUCCCACCUGAGAAUGACAAAACAAGAACUUUUGUACUUAUUCUAAACUUGUUUCUGUCCAACCUAACAUGGGGCUCCUUGGACAUAAAAAAUUAUUUGUUGAAGUCCCGCAUUAUUACACUGAAUAAUAUUUUUGUUUGAUAUUCUUAACGUUUAAGUCAGGAAUGACCAAUCUGUGGCCAGAAUCAGAAUCUUAUGUUUUUUCCCCCUAAAUUUGUGGCCGCAUUCAUGCUGUAUAGUCUGUAUAUAAUAAUAUAUUGUGCAUUCAUGUACAUUUUGUGUCCGAAUGUCUGUAUAUAGAAAUUUAUUUUGAUGUAAAAUAUUCUUUAAGAUUUUCAAUAAAUAUUUAUAUGAAAAUAUA